CGAGGAAGCCAGGCGCCGAGGCGACACCGUCAGAGACACCUUCCAAUACAAGCAACAAGGAAAACGACCCUUUGCAGCUUUACAAGAGACAGGAAACAACGCCUCGUGGUCGAGCGGUGCCUUCUCCUCCGUUGAGCCCCGGUGGAAACCACAUGAAUGGAUCUGAAGCAAUACGAUCGGAAUCUGGGCCUGCCUACAUCCGAGGACGAGGACGAGCUCCUUGUCGUAGCGACGACAAAGGCACCUACGUCGGCUCGUGCUUCGACAACAGUCAAGACUGAGCAAGGAGACGAUAUCUGGCAGAUUCGCUCCCCUGUCACUUUUGAUCAUGUCAAGAAACGGUUUGACCGCAUCCCAAGUAUCAAAGCCAAGGUGGCUAGGAUGCUCUCCAGUUCAAUGGAAGAGCGUAGCGAGCCGCUGGAUCCUCCUACCGUUGACAAAGUGCAGUGGGAUGAUGAGGAGACGGCCGUCGGUACCCCUGAUCCAUUCGGUUUCCUCAAUACCGAGAAGAAGCUGGACCUGCGUCGCCGCUCUAGAGUUCAACGUCGAGUCGGGCCUGGAAGGAAGCCAGAAGAAUUCUCGGAAGAUGUGUCUGAACAGGAAGAAGGCGAGGAAACGAGCGACAAGCCUUCCGCUUUUGGUACAAUGACUGCGCCUGCUCCACUUCCCGAGGAUACUCACGACACGGCGGACCUCGCGACACGCCAAGAUCAGGACGUUGAGGAUCUUCCGCCCAUCAAUGUGGCAGAAGAACGACGCAAAAGCACUCGAGUUCUCAAAUCUGCUCAAGCUCCUCUUUCGUCGCCUUCAUCGUCUUCAAGCUCUAGCAGCGAGGAAAGGAAGGAUCCAGCUCGAGACUCUGCAACUUCUUCUUCGCCGGAAGAUGAUGGACUCGAUCUGUCGGAGCUCCGACCUCGACGACGGACGGCAAAGAGGAAAGCCGAGGCACCGAGAUCGAAGCGCCGCUUGAAGAUGGCAACUGAAGAGCAGUCGAAAGGAGAGAGGCGCGAGAGGCCACUCUCGCAGUUCCAGAUCAUGAGGCUGAAACCGGCGAGAAAGCGAACCGACAGUACACUGGUCAGGACAGCCAGCACAGCGCGCUCGAAACGACGCAAGAACAGUGGAAAAAGCGAGAGCGUGCAGGAGAGUCAGGCCUCGGAAGAAAAGACAAAGUGGAGCUCGAUGAAGAAGAGCAUGGGGCCGAUGAAGAGACAAUUGGAGGUGGGGGACGAAGUAGAAACGAGGCAGCGAAGGCUCGGGCUGAGGCUGCCGGAGGAUGCGGGCGCGAAAAGGCGGAUAAAGAUAGCAUGGACCGAAAUGAGCCGUCUUCAUCGGACGUUGACGGAAGCAAAGAGAGAAAGCGAUACUUUGCCGAAGUGGACCAGCAUCAGCUUCACAUGGAGUGAGAUUUCUAUUCAUUGUAUACUUUUAUUCAUUUCCCAAUCGGCCCGGUCACCACCCUUUCUCUUGACUGUACUCUCUAGGCUUCGAAUGUUCCCGUACCAGUAGCAUCUGUCAGACUUGUAUAUAAGACCUUUCUCUCAAUCGUCAAACAC